AUGGCAGCGCGAUACAGCAUGUUAAGCGAAGAAGAAAAGGGAAAGAAAAGAAACAACCUCUCAGGGUUUCUAUACAAGAAGAUGAUCCGCGACAAGAAAGAGUCUUUGAGGAAAAGGGAUAACAAAUUCUUCCAAGAAGUGUCAGAGCUUGAGGAUUCAUUGCAGAGUUGCUUACAGACACUCAAAGAAAGCCUUCAUCUUGAUCAACCCCAGGAUCUAUCUUCUAAUGAUUCCUCGCUAAUUAAUGUGUAUCAUCAUCAAGCAUCAUCACUAUUGAGUUAUCCGAGUAGUAGCAGCGAGAAUUGUGUUGAUGAUGUAUCCACCACCACCACGACGAUGAAUCAUCCACAAAGCAAAUUCUCCAUCUUGUUGUUUAACCAUGAGAAUGGUGCGAUCACUCAAUUUGCCAACCCUUCUGCUCUUCCAAGCUUUGAACAACAGCCGCAUAUUCAGUGUAAUCAAAAUUACGGUACUAAUUACAUGGAUUUAUUACUUGGGGAACAAGGCUGCAACAACGUCGAUCUUCUCAUGCCCACCCUUUUCCCUCCUCCUCCGAUGAUGAUGCAGACACAAACCCCAAAUUUCGAGCAGUUUAUGCAGACACAACCAGCUUUUGGAACGAUGCUCUCUUAG